AAUAAUAGUAAUGGUGAUAAAUUAAUUUUCAUCUUUCAUUUCGUCCAAAAAAUGAUUUGUUUAAAAAAUAUUUGUAAAAUAAUUAAGAAUGUUGUUGAAAAAAUAAUAAAUUUAGCACACGAUGCGAAACAAGGUGACUUUGAAAUAUAUUUGGAGAUUUACGGCGAUUACGCAAAAGAAAUGAAAAAAGUGGUUGAUGGAGUUGAGCUACUUGGGAGUUGGAAAGUACUUUAUAGUAAAAGGAACCAAGCAGUUCAUUUAUGGCGAUAUAAUAAUGGAUAUGCCGAUGUUGAUCGAUCAAUUGAAGUUAUGAAUACAGCAUCAUUAAAAGAUCUUGAGAGACGAUUUUCCACACUUCUUAUUCAACAGGAAAAUGUUUUAACGCAGCCAUUUGGAUAUUGGGAUGAACCAAAACCUCGACGGUCAUCGCAUAUUUAUGAGCUGCGAACAUAUAAGCUAAGACCAGGUACGAUGAUUGAGUGGGGUAAUGCCUGGGCUACAGGAAUUACAUAUCGUCGUGAGCAUAAUCAAGAUGUCGGAGGUUUCUUUACAAAAGUUGGAUUUUUGUAUACAGUAUUUCACAUUUGGGCUUACAAAAAUCUAGUGGAUCGUAAUGAUAUUCGCUCGCGCACAUGGGCAAAACCUGGAUGGGAUUUGACUGUUGCUUAUACAGUCAUGAGUCCUUAG